CGCACUACCACGACAAAUUGUCUAUCUUGCAACCAUCGCUGAAAGCUUUCAGACUGGUCACAGAGACUUUUCCCCCGCUAUUCGAAUGCAAUCAAGCAUUGUAGAAGUCCGGUGCGCAGCACCGGAUGGAGUGCAACUACUGCUCCAAGCGGCCAUAUCAAGCGAGCUGGCGGUGAAUAUCCUGACCCCGCAUGGACUUUCCCGCCUGCCGCCGGCAUUUCCAAUCCAGCAGCGCUCCGACCAGAUCGCCGUGCAAUCACCCACAGGCAGGCCAUUCGCGGUCCGCGACUCAAUCCGCUUGCACUUCUGGCUGCAUCGAACCGCAGCCAGCAACGAGAGAGACUUUUACAUUCCCGUCAAUGAAGCUGCAGGGAUUGUAGACCGGGAAUAUCCCACCAAGGUGCAUAUCAUCAUCGGAAGCGACUGUGAUCUGACUUUACAGGCGUGGGACACGCGGAACCCAUCGAUGUGGCCGAUAGCAUUGGCUCCUCAGACCCAAGCCGCAAAACUCACACAGGAGAAGAUUCAGGAAGCGAUCAAGAAUAAUGCAGAGGAGGAGAAAAGAGAGAAUCAGAAGAAGUCUACAGUGGUUCUCAAAAUUGCCUUGACCAACAAACACAUCAAGACUGUUUUUAGACCCACUGCCAAGCUUCUAGCGUAA